ACUCUCACUUGCAUGGCCUAAGCCUAAUGUCCUAAAACUUGUUCAAAGAUGAAGAAACUCUUAUCGCCUUCAUUAGCGCUUCUCUUCCUCCUACUGACUUCAUCCUACCUCCAAGCUUCCCUUGCUGGCUCAGGUUUUUGUGACGGCAAAUGCAAGGUGAGGUGCUCGAAGGCAAGCAUUAGAGACAGGUGCCUUCAGUAUUGUGGACUGUGCUGUGCUCAGUGCCGUUGUGUUCCCUCUGGGACUUACGGCAACAAGGAUGAAUGCCCUUGUUACAGAGACAAGACCACCGGCGUCGGCAAGAGAAUGAGACCCAAGUGCCCUUAAUUCAGGUUGAGACUGCCAUCAGGCUUAUUAGUUAUCCGAGGCUUUGUUGCUUCCACAUGUAUUAUGUAGUGAGAUCUGAAUAAGCUGAAUGGCAUUCAAGAGUUUGUACCUAGAUUCUGGGUGAAACUACGGUGUGUGAUUGAGUGCAUUAAAUAAAAGUAAUAGCUUGUAAUAGUGGUGCUAAAAAUGUCAUACUUUUGGAUUCAGCACAA